AGCGCUAUGUGACUUGGGUUAAGCGGAAGUCAGGCCUCUUUUUCGUGGCGCCUCCUAGGCGGUCGGCUGUGUCAAGAUGAAGCUGAACAUCUCCUUCCCUGCCACCGGCUGUCAGAAGCUCAUCGAAGUGGACGAUGAGCGCAAGCUCCGGACGUUCUACGAGAAGCGCAUGGCCACAGAAGUGGCUGCCGAUGCCCUGGGUGAAGAGUGGAAGGGUUAUGUGGUCCGAAUCAGUGGCGGGAAUGACAAGCAAGGUUUUCCCAUGAAGCAAGGCGUGUUGACCCACGGCAGAGUGCGGCUGCUGUUGAGUAAGGGGCACUCUUGUUAUAGACCACGGAGAACUGGAGAGAGGAAGCGCAAGUCUGUUCGAGGGUGCAUCGUGGAUGCCAAUCUCAGUGUUCUCAACUUGGUUAUUGUAAAGAAAGGAGAGAAGGAUAUUCCUGGACUGACAGAUACUACUGUGCCUCGUCGGUUGGGACCUAAAAGAGCUAGCAGAAUCCGAAAGCUUUUUAAUCUCUCUAAAGAAGAUGAUGUCCGCCAAUACGUGGUCAGAAAGCCGUUAAACAAAGAAGGUAAGAAGCCCAGGACCAAAGCCCCCAAGAUUCAGCGUCUUGUCACUCCACGGGUCCUGCAACACAAACGCCGCCGUAUUGCUCUGAAGAAACAACGAACAAAGAAAAACAAGGAGGAGGCUGCAGAAUAUGCUAAACUUUUGGCCAAGAGAAUGAAGGAAGCCAAAGAAAAGCGCCAGGAACAGAUCGCCAAGAGACGUAGGCUGUCCUCUCUGAGAGCUUCUACUUCUAAGUCUGAGUCCAGUCAAAAAUAAGUCUUUAAGGGUAACAAAUAAAUGAUCAUACCAUAA